AUGCCCGCCACCUCACAGCCAGCCGGAUGGCGUCAGCCCGUAGAUCAGGAUAGCGGCGCAGACGCCGUCGGGAAUCCAGACGAUGACGUCCAGGCGACCGGUGGUAGCGGCAGCAGCAGCAGCAGCAGCAGCAGCAGCAGCAACCGUGACGGCCUCCCCCUGAGCCCCGGCUCCGCCGUCACAACGCCGCCGUACUGGACCGCCAACAAGUCAGAUAACAACGGCCACCAGCGCACGCCUUCGAAUCAGUCGUCCGACUCUCUGCCCGCCGGGGCCAUCACGCUUCGCGACAAUGAGACGCUCGAGGAUGACGAUCGGAACACGGCUUGCUGGGCAAGGAGCGUCGAGAUUGUCGACCAUAUCGUUGUCGGUGGGAGUACCAUCUCCAACAUCGGAGCCUUUGUCGUCUGGAUCAUCAGGGUCGAGACGUUGACGGGAAGCUACAUGAAUAUUCGCAAACGAUACUCGGAAUUCGACGACUUCCGCCACCGCCUCAUCGUCACGUUUCCCAACUUUGAGACUACCAUCCCGUCAUUGCCGCCAAAGAGCGUCAUAUCAAAGUUUCAACCACGAUUCCUGGAGAGGAGGCGUGCUGCUGUAUAUUACUGA